AUGAAGUCCCUUUUAAAGAGAUUGAUUGCACUGGCCGCCGCUUAUUCGGUAGCAGCUGCACCAUCCUUUAGCCACCAUUCAUCUCAAGAUGCUGCGAAUAAGAGAGAGCUUCUUCAAGACUUAGUGACGUGGGACCAACACUCCCUGUUUGUCCGGGGCGAGCGGCUCAUGAUCUUCUCUGGAGAGUUUCACCCUUUUCGACUGCCAGUUCCUGGACUCUGGUUUGAUGUCUUCCAGAAGAUUAAGAGUCUGGGAUUCAAUGCUGUCUCCUUCUAUACUGACUGGGGUCUCAUGGAGGGUAAUCCUGGCCACGUUGUGACUGACGGUAUCUGGAGCCUUGACGAGUUUUUCACUGCUGCACGUGAAGCCGGUCUCUACCUGAUCGCUCGGCCAGGGCCAUAUAUCAAUGCGGAAACCUCGGCUGGUGGUAUACCCGGAUGGGUUCUCCGUCGAAAGGGCAUCAUCCGCUCAAACAGUGAGGAUUACCUCCGUGCGACAGAUACGUACAUGGCCACUCUAGGGAAGAUAAUUGCCAAAGCGCAAAUUACCAAUGGAGGGCCGGUGAUCUUGGUUCAGCCAGAAAAUGAGUACACGACUUGGCCCAACGUCUCAGAGUCCGAGUUUCCGACGACCAUGAAUCAGGAAGUCAUGGCCUAUGCCGAGAAGCAGCUUCGAGACGCUGGAGUAGUUGUUCCAACCGUUGUAAAUGACAAUAAGAACCUGGGAUACUUUGCCCCUGGGACUGGACUGGGCGAGACGGAUCUCUACGGGAUUGACGCCUAUCCUAUGAGAUAUGACUGUGGUAACCCCUAUGUAUGGCCAACAUAUCGAUUCCCGCGAGAUUGGCAGCAUGAACACCGCAACCAUAGCCCUACAACGCCAUUUGCUAUUAUGGAGUUCCAAGGGGGUUCAGGGGAUGGGUGGGGAGGAGUCACAGAAGACGGAUGUGCCAUUCUUGUCAACAAUGAAGCUGUGCGAGUGGUGUACAAGAACAAUUACGGAUUUGGCGUCAGAGUGUUCAACAUCUACAUGACGUACGGAGGCACCAAUUGGGGCAAUCUCGGCUACUAUGGAGGAUACACCUCGUAUGACUACGGGGCUGCCAUUACCGAGGAUCGUCAGAUCUGGCGAGAAAAGUAUAGCGAAGAGAAGCUACAGGCAAACUUUCUGAAAGUGUCUCCGGCGUACCUCACCUCAACGCCUGGAAACGGGGUCAAUGGAUCAUACACAGGAAACAAGGAUAUAACGGUCACUCCGUUGUUUGGCAAUGGAACGACCACCAAUCUCUAUCUAGUCCGGCAUGCCGACUUUACUUCGACUGGAAGUGCCCAAUACAAUCUCAGCAUUUCCACGAGCGUCGGAAAUGUGACGAUCCCUCAACUAGGAGGCAGUCUCUCCUUGAACGGCCGAGACUCCAAAUUCCACAUCACGGACUAUGAUGUGGGUGGAUUCAAUCUCAUCUACUCUUCUGCAGAAGUCUUCACUUGGGCGAAGGGAGACAACAAGAAGCGCGUUCUCGUGCUAUAUGGAGGAGCAGGGGAACUACAUGAGUUCGCGCUGCCCAAACAUCUUCCGCGGCCAACCGUUGUUGAGGGGUCCUACGUCAAGAUUGCCAAACAGGGAAGUGCCUGGGUCGUACAGUGGGAGGUAGCUGCUCAAAGACGGGUUUUACGUGCAGGAAAGCUUGAGAUCCACCUCCUCUGGCGUAACGACGCCUACCAGCACUGGGUCUUGGAACUACCAGCAAAACAACCCAUUGCUAACUAUAGCUCGCCAUCCAAAGAGACGGUGAUUGUGAAGGGAGGAUAUUUGCUUCGAAGCGCGUGGAUUACUGACAAUGACCUGCAUUUGACUGGUGAUGUGAACGUAACAACUCCCUUGGAGGUGAUUUCAGCGCCGAAGCGAUUUGAUGGGAUUGUCUUCAACGGCCAGUCCUUGAAAUCAACACGAUCUAAGAUUGGCAAUCUCGCUGCAACAGUUCACUAUCAACCACCAGCUAUCUCUCUGCCAGAUCUAAAGCGUCUUGACUGGAAAUACAUCGAUUCUCUCCCAGAGAUCUCCACGGAAUAUAACGACGAGGGCUGGACACCACUGACGAACACAUACACCAAUAACACCAGAGAGUUCACUGGCCCUACAUGUCUGUACGCCGAUGACUACGGCUAUCACGGGGGCUCACUGAUCUACCGGGGCCACUUCACGGCCAACGGAGACGAGUCAUGGGUUUUCCUCAACACCUCUGGCGGUGUAGGCUUCGCCAAUUCGGUAUGGCUAAACCAAACAUUCCUGGGUUCAUGGACAGGCAGUGGAAGAAACAUGACCUAUCCCCGAAACAUCUCGCUUCCCCACGAGCUGUCUCCUGGGGAACCGUACGUUUUCACCGUGGUGAUCGACCACAUGGGCCAGGACGAAGAGGCACCGGGGACAGACGCAAUCAAGUUUCCUCGAGGAAUUCUCGACUACGCGCUCUCGGGCCAUGAGCUGUCCGAUCUCCGAUGGAAGAUGACUGGCAACCUCGGCGGCGAGCAGUACCAGGAUUUGACGCGAGGUCCGCUCAACGAGGGAGCCAUGUAUGCCGAGCGGCAGGGAUAUCAUCUUCCAAGUCCGCCUACUUCCAGCUGGAAGUCAUCCAACCCGAUUAAGGAAGGGCUCACUGGCGCUGGUAUUGGAUUCUAUGCUACUUCGUUCUCCUUGGAUCUACCCGAGGGAUACGAUAUCCCAUUGAGCUUUCGGUUCAACAACUCGGCAUCAGCAGCGAGGUCAGGGACGAGCUAUCGCUGUCAGCUGUUUGUUAAUGGAUACCAGUUUGGAAAAUACGUCAAUGAUCUCGGCCCACAAACCAAAUUCCCCGUCCCGGAGGGUAUUCUCAACUACAACGGGGUCAACUAUGUCGCCGUAUCGCUUUGGGCGCUCGAGUCUCAAGGGGCUUUGAUCGGUGGUCUGGACCUUGUUGCUUCUACUCCUAUCCUGUCUGGAUACCGCAAGCCGGCUCCGGCCCCUCAGCCUGGGUGGAAGCCUCGGCGGGGCGCCUACUGA